CUCCAACAAACCGGCGGCAAAAAUUCAUCAUCGAUAGGCGAAGAACCGUCGAACAAAAUGAACAGCAAGAGGAAGAAUCGUACGAACAAUAACAGGUACCAAUCACUUGGCUUUCCUCGUCAAGAUCAUAAUAGCAGAUCCCCGCGAGCACGUGGGCCACAAGAGAGAUGCGUCGCAGCCGAGGGGGUUUAUAACAAUGCUCAUUUUAUGCAUGCAGUCACUAGCCACGUUGGCAACACGGUACAGAUUCAAACUAAAAGUGGUUCGGUAUUCGAGGGUGUAUUUAGAACAUUUUCGAGUCAAUUCGACGUAGUGUUGGAAAUGGCUCAUCGUGUGGAGAGUUCGGGACAGAUUAGCGUAGAUAGCGUAGUAGAGAAAUUAAUUUUUAAACCAACUGACGUUGUCACUAUAUCUGCCAAGGAUGUUGAUUUAGAUUAUGCUAUAAGAGACACUUUCCAAACUGAUACAGCCAUUAGUAAGUUUAAUGGUAUAAUCGGCGAGAAGGAACUCGAGCCCUGGGAUCCGCCGACCACUAUGAACGGGGCUGAUUUAGAAUUGGAUGGUGCUGCCAACGGUUGGGACGUGCACGAAAUGUUUCGCAAAAAUGAACAAGAUUAUGGAGUUCAAACAACGUUCGAACCUUCCUUGGUCGGUUACACUCUACAACUGCAACGUAAGGACACGAAGGAUUACAAGGAACAAGAGCAAAAGGCUGCUGAAAUAGCAAAUGAGAUCGAAUCUCAACCGAAUCACAAAGCUAGAUUAGAACUAGAAAACGGCGACGAGGAGGAACGAUUCGCAGCUGUGACUAGACCCACCGAAGGAAAGUAUAUUCCACCACCGUUAAAAAAGAAAAAUGGCAACACUGGCAAACUAAUGAGAACCAGCGGCGGUGGUGGUGGCGGCGGCGGCGGCAGCGGUGGUGGCGGGGGCGGUGGCGGUGGCGGCGUUGGCGGCGGCGGGGAGCCUCCGUCUUCGCCAGGAACCACGAACAAUAAGAAUGUCUACAGUCAACCCCCUCCGUCCACGGUCACGGUCAAUGUCCCACAGCCAAGCAUGCCGGUUGGAGUACAGCCCGCUCAUACUCCCUCGGUGCAGCAUCCGGUAUCUUUAAAUAUGAAUAUACCGCCCAAUGGAGUGGUUGUCACGUAUAAUAAUCCACCACCGCCAUUCGUGCCUCCACCGACGACGCAGUCGCAGCAAGUAAUACAGCAGAAUCAAUCGCAAUCUCAAGUUAAUCCUUCGAUAUCGCAAAUAAGCUUCCCUUCGUCACAACAGACACCUCCGAAUAAAAUAAAUGCAGAAAAACGUGAGCGACCUGGCAGACAACAAGUUUAUCAAGCUGACAAAGCGCCACCAGCACCAUUUUCGCAAUCAAACGUUGCGUCCUCUCAUCAACAGCAACAAUCUUCGCACCAGCAACAUACAUCAUUGACACAACAGAAUUCUGUAGAAGGACAAAUAGUCAUACAUAAAUCGGACCACAGAAAGUUUUACUUUAAGGUUCCGACACCACGUGGAAGAGAAGAACAGCAUUCGGAACUGAGACAAUUCGCUACGGAAUUUAAAUUGGCGGAAUCGCAGGGACUGCCGCCAGAUACUCCUCAAAUAUCUAGAAAACAGCAGCAUCAACAUCAACAAGACAUACAUUCCGCUACUCCGAUGAAUCAGCCGCAUCAUCAAGGUCCUCAUCAACAUACGAGUCCACAACAGCAAUCGCAGCAACAACCGUCUACACAGCAACAUACCAGUCCUCAUCAGCAACAUCAAACUGUACAAGAGGAACCAGUUAUUAAUAAGCCACCGCCUGGUCCACCAGUAAGAUCUACAAGUCCGCCACAGCAACAACAACAGCCACCGCCACAACAACAACAACAACAGCAGCCGCUGUCGCAACAGCAGCAAUCGCAAGCGCAACAACAACAACAACAACAGCCACCACUACCAUCACAACAACAACAACAACAGCAGCAGCAGCAACCACCGCCGUCACAACCAGCUCAAACUAAUACUCCGACAGUGCAACAAUCUCCACCGGAACCUGCGGUCGAUAAGAUAACUACUGCUUUUAAAAAAUCUACUUUAAAUCCCAACGCUAAAGAAUUUAAUCCAAAUGCCAAACCAUUUACGCCGCGUUCACCUAGCACACCGACGCCUAGUCGACCGCAUACGCCACAAACUCCUCAGUAUACAGGUGCGACUAUGCCCGCGACCGUUGUUAUGCCGGCAUACGUAACGCCAACAUUUAGUCAACCACCCGCUCAACAAGUGGCAAGGUUCCGGAAGGGUCAGUAUUCCUUAGCACUGCCAAUGGUGCAGCAUCGUGCGCCAGAUAUAGCGUCUCAGAUGCAAGUAGCCGCGGCAACGGGGCAACCGUUACUAGCGCCAGCUAUACACCCAUUCCAGGUGCCUUAUCCAGGACAGCCGGCGUAUCAGCAAAUGGUACGAAUGGUUCAGGCACCGCCACCACCACACAUGGCCACUCCGUAUCAUCAUCAUCACGACUCGCAAGGACCGCAAGCCCCUGGUAUACAAUAUAUGGGCCCGCACGCUCAUCCACAUCCUCACGUAGCUCAACAGCCACCUAGCCAAACGCCGUCGCCGGCUAAUCCAAAUCAACCGCACACCCCGGGGGCUUAUAAUCCACCCGGUACUCCACAGCCCACGUAUCCGCAACCUCCGCCGCAGGGUCACGCGCCGAGUUAUCCGAUCAUGUGCCCUAUAAUUCCAUCUCAUAUACCUUCGAUUCCACCGCAACAUAUGCAAUACCUGCCACCACAGCCGCCUCCGGGAGCGCAGCAGACUAUACCCGUCAUUUUACCGCACAGUCAGUAGCCGCGACAUAAAGUAAAGAGAGAAAAGGAAGAGCGAUAGUAUUCUGAAAAGGUAGGAUAAGCUUUUCAAAAUUAAGUUACUUUCACGAUGGAACGCGUGUCGAUCGCUCCGAGAACCGUUCUUCUUUCAAUUUAAUCUCGCAAUCUCGCAAUUUAAUCAACCAAUUGAUCGUUAACGACGUUAUAAAUUAAGCGUCAUUCGUCAACUUUUUUUUUCUUCGUUGUCGUUGACGAGCUUGAAAUAAUCUCCCAUACAUUUUGUUGCGCAAAGAGAGAGAGAGAAGAGUAAUGCUUUCACAGCCGAUAAACAACGUGAAGCAACGUGACGCACGACGAUCCCGAAUGGUACUAUAAACGAUUGUAAACCUAUGACCGAAGAGUGUUAACCAUCUUGAAAGUAACCUGUUAUUCGCGAAUGUAGGUCGAUCACUGAAUGACCUAUGGCCUUUAUUAUCGAUUACCUUUCAUUUAAAAAAUUUCAUUGAUUAUUUUAAUCAAGCUUUAAAAUUGUAAAAUGAUAGUUAAUCAUUACGCAAUUGUUUCACCAAUCUCCCCUCCCUUUCCCUCCUCGUCCCUCACGACUUUUAUCGGAAUAGCAUGUGUAUCAGAUAGAUCGAGAAAGAUCAACGACUUUUUUGAUCGUGCAUUUUUAUCGAGUAGUGCUCAAUAUGUCGGAGAAUACGUGCGCGCGCGCUCGCGAAAGAGAGAGAGAAAAUACCGCUCGUUUAAUAGGCGUAAUUUACAUUCAGAAGUUUCAAUUUUCUCAUGUAAACAUAACUUGCACUACUCUCAUCGCGCGAGUAACAACCAGGAGGAUUCAGCGGAAAAAGACGUAAUCAUGUGCGCGAGCGAAUUCGUCUUUCUUUUCUCUCUCUUUUUCUCCCCCCCCCCUCAUUGUUUUUAAUCGAGAUGAUGAUUAUUGAAAUUACACGAGAAUAAAUUGUACGGAGGUGCAUGGCAUAUUUUUCUGCCCGUGACUGAGUGUUUAUUCCAUUCAGUAAGGAAGAAUUUGGAGAAAAGAAGACACGGAGACGAUCGCGACUCCUUUGAGUUUGAUUCGAAUGUGUGAAGCGAGCGAUAAUUAAUCAAGGGCUGGAGUAUGCGCAGGGCUUGCAGGGUAAAACACUAGCGAAAUAUGCGAUAUUCUGCGAUUUGUUGAUAAUAUGAGUUUUGUUACGCGAUGUUGAUACAAUGAGCGCGCAGGAUCUUUGAACGCGAAAGAAAGAUUACACAUUACACCGCGAGUAUGCGAGAAACGACAUUUGCACAUUUACGGACGAAUCGUGCUAGCGUUAACGGUGCGAACAACAGCUGCAUUCGAGAGGAGGUACAUAAUUUGCACGUCUUCUUUAAUCGAGUUUACUAUCCAACUACUUUCAAUUCACUUUGACACCGUUUAUGCCUAUACUUUGCGCCAAUGGCUCGCGAUACCUGCUUAUUUUCCUUUUUAUGCUUUUCGUCAUCAUUUGCUACGCGAACAAAUGCAAAUGGCAAUAAUGGAAAAGACAUGUUGUUGGAGAAUCGAUACGAUUGAAAUUUAUUACGGUCAAUAUUUGUACGAAUAUUGGCUGAAAAGUUUGUUUAAAAAAUAUUCGGUAUUGCGUUAGCUUUCUUUUUCGUUGCUCUCUAUAGAAAUUCAGAUAAAGCUAAAGAUUGCCGCUGCAUACAUCUGUGCGAGAUGUAGAGAAAAGAAAACGUGCGACGAAGACUAUUUACAAGAUAUAUUUUAUAUCUAGCAUUUCUUUUAAUACGAGUUACGAGCGAGCGACGCUUAUCGUGAAAUACACGUGUGUAAUCUCGAUGGGAAAAGAAACCUCGUACCGAACUAGUACUUGGCUGGCGGAAAGUUGGUGAAGCGAUGCGAUUUGCCGGAAUCGAAUUGAAUUGUUAAUUAUGUACCUCUUACCAGUAUAAGUGAAAACGAGCAUGCUCGUGAUACCAUGGAUUUGGAAAUCUGUCUGAACGUAGCGUAUACUGCCAAUUGGGAUAAGGGGUCAGAGAUGAGAGAUGAAAAAAAGAAGCCAUAAGAGCCGGCAUCGUUGCCCUCGACCCGACCCGAGUCGAGUAACGUGCACAGUCGCAAGCGCGCUUUUUUCCUCUCUUUCUCUCUCCCUCCAACAGCAGAUUCUCUCUUUUCUUCGCUCGAUGCUCGAUGAUUUCAGAAUAGGAAGGGGAUAUUCGUUCGAUUGGAUUCGAAAGAAUAUUUAUAUCGCAUACUAUUAAAUUUAUAUUUGUCGCGUAGAAUGAUACAAUGAAGACACGUUGCGUAUUGCGCAUAUAAUGAAAAGAUAUUUUCAUUUGCGGGUGUGUGCGACAUGUCGGAAUUACAGGAGGAGGGAAGGACAGGAUAGGAUUAAAAAUGGGAAGAAUGAGGAAAUUGUUUAUUUAUAUUUCGAAUUAAAGACACACACACACACACACAUAUAUAUAUAUAUAUAUAUAUAUAUAUAUAUAUACAUACAUAUAAUGCCAAAUGAUCCAACGGAAUAUGACGAUGUUAAGAGCUUUGCGUCGAGUCGAGUCCAAGUUGCAAAAUAUUCCCCUUUUCCUUCCGUAGUCGUCACUAAUUUCAGUUUACUCUUGUAGGCGGCUUCGUUCAGAUGAAUUUUUAGUCCACGCUCGAUACCGAUUGGGAAAAGAAAGUUUAACAACUACGGCCUUAGACCUAAUCGUGUAUAUAUAAACGGAAGGAAGCAAAAACAACUUUUGCCUGAGAAAGAUAGUUGAAUGUGAAGCAUCGUUAAACAGAUUUUAUAUUAAAGAGAUUUAAAAAGAAGAAAAACAUCAAAAUAAAAUCAAUACGUUAAAAACCAA